GGACACGGUCCUCGCCAGUGUACGUAUGACGUCACAGUGACGCCCCUCCAAACGGUGCCAAGCCAAGAUGGCGGCGCUCAAAUCUUCACAACUCCAAACCAGCAGAAAACUUGAUUUAUUGAAAAAGUUACAGUUCAAGGUCAUGUGCGUUGGCAUGGGAACAGUAAACCGAGCUGGGGCAGCGUGUGUGUUCCUCUGGUGAAACAACACAACAAAGUCGCACAUUUUUGGAGCCCAGCAGGUGAGGGCCAUAAGGUCACAGCAAUGGUCCAACAAUGCAGUGAAGUGGAAAUCAAAACCCUGCAAGCGACUUCACCUCCAUGUCGACACAGUGUCCACCUUCCUGUUAUCAAUCCUGAUAGACUAAAGACAGCCAAGGCCAUUGUGCACCAAACUGUCAAGUUACAUAAGGUGUUCUCAGUGCAGGGCCCGUACCCUGUCAUUCGGGCUGCACUGAGGGCCAGAGGCUGGGUGGAAAAGCGGAUUUGUCACCCUCAUCACCACACCUCCAAGCGUCCUGUUAAAGAGACCAGCUGUAAUGAUGCCGGUGGCACUGAGGGUGAAGAUGAUGGUGACCAAGAGCAGGAUCCAGACGGACUGUAUGGUCUGAUGUCUCGCCUGGUGCGCAAUGAAAUAGUUUAUUUCUACUGGACAAACAGGAGAGACGCCAUCAACACCAGCAUCUUGCAGAAAGAUCAGAUCAUCAAUCAUUUUGCCAAAGCAGGCAGUUUCACCACCAAGGUGGGAUUGUGUGUCAACCUGAGGAGCCUCCACUGGUUUGACUCAGCCGACCCAGACACAUUCUUUCCUCGCUGUUACCGACUCGGAGCACGGGAUGAAAAGCAUGCUUUCAUCGAGGACUACAGGAGGACAGCCUGCACCAGUCUUCUGAAGUACAUUGUGGAGAGAGUGCAGCAUGUACACAAAAAGAGAAUAAAUGAUCCCAUUCGAGGUAAAAACAUUUUAUCAUGUGGGUCAGAGCAGAGCUUUGUGUCAUUGUCUUUUUCCAUUUCAGAACCAUCAGAACCUGUGAUUAUUCCCAAAAUGAUCAACACAGCUCUCAAAGUGUGCCAGGCUUUUCUCGAGAGUUUAGAGCAUGCUGACAUUGACACCAGCUUGGACCCGUAUCAAUCCCUUACAAAGGAGGAGUGGGAGGAGUUUAUUGACAGCUACUAUUUGGUUGUUCAUGGAAGUGCCCAGAUUGAUAUCAGUGAUCAGUCAGUUGGCCGCUGCAAGGCCAUGCUGCAGAGGCUGGCCAUGGUCAGUCCACAGCUGGACACAGAUGGCAUACACAACAUCUGGAUCAUCAAGCCUGGAGCCAUGUCCAGAGGCAGAGGUAUCAAAUGUGCCAAACGUUUGAAUGAGAUCCUCAGUGUGGUGGACAGUGAUCCAGCUCUAAUCAAGGAAAGCAAAUGGGUGGUCCAGAAAUACUUGGAGUCUCCCUUCCUGGUGGAAGGCACCAAGUUUGAUGUACGCCAGUGGUUUCUGGUCACAGACUGGAACCCUCUCACUGUGUGGUUUUAUAGAAAGUGCUACUUGCGCUUCUCUACACAGCCUUAUUCAGUGGACUCGAUGGACAACUCUGUGCACCUGUGCAAUAAUUCCAUUCAGAAGCAUCUGAGGCCUUCUCAUCACCGCCAUCCAAGCAUCCCGGAAGACAACAUGUGGUCAGAUGACCAGUUCAAGACCUUUCUGUCCAGUCGGGGUUCCCAAGCUCAGUGGGAGGAUGUGGUGGUCCCUGGGAUGAAGAAGGCUAUCAUCCACGCAUUGCAAACAACACAAGAUCUUGUCGAUUCCCGCAAGAACACGUUUGAGCUCUAUGGCGCUGACUUCAUGUUAGGCCGUGACUUACAUCCAUGGCUGAUUGAAAUCAAUGCCAGUCCGACCAUGGCUCCCUCGACACCCAUCACAGCUCGUCUUUGUGCAGCUGUGCAGGAGGACACACUACGUGUGGUCCUGGACAGGAGAGCAGACAGAUCAGCACACACGGGAGACUUUGAGCUCAUAUAUCACCAGGCAGCAGUAGUCGUACCACAGUAUGUAGGAGUCAACCUACUCAUUGAAGGCUUCAGGCUAAAGUGUUCCCGUCUGCUUCCUCCUCUGAGGCCUCUCGACCAUUCAGCCCCAAAGUAUCGUGUCAAGGUCAAGAAGGAGAUGUCUUCAGAAAAAUUAAAGCCUUUACCCAAAGUGGUAAAGAGUGCUGAUACGCCAGUAAAAAACAUGACAGGCAAAGUUCUUCGUCUUCCUCCUGCUUCUUCCCAGCCACCAGUGCCUAUCCCUAUUGAAACAUUCACUCUUCAGCUGCCCAAGACUGGCCACAGGUCCAUCCAUGUACCGCUUAAUGCUUGCUCACAUUCUGUCUUUCUGUGGAGAAGGAGCUUGGAAUUAAGACCUCUUCUGUGAAAGCCCGACCUAGCGCCACAGAAAAGAAGGUCUGACCAUUAACUAACAUGUUUCACUUGUAAGAAACAGCACCAACACAACCUGUGAUGGAGAUUGGACACAUUUUUUUCAAAGGGGUUUUACCUUACUCUGAAGUCAGAAUGUAAUGUUUGGCAAUUUCAGUUCGUUAGUCAUUCGUUGUCCAUCAUGUUGACAAUACAGACAAUUGUUACUCAGAAACAGUUUUUUUUUCUUAAUAUCCCUCAAGACAUGGUGCCCAGAGAAACUGUUUUUAUGUGUUGAUAUUGUUUCAGACGCUGUGUCAAUGGUGCAAGUCCAUUCAAUUGAAAUGUGAAUCUCAGAAGAUUUACAUAAAUAUGGCAUGAUGUUAAAGUGAAUCCAUACCAUCAUCAUUCUAAAUCAUGUCA